UCAGGAAUGCAAUACUAUGUGACUAACAGAUGUCCUCUGUGGCAAUAUAUUCGCUGACGAGUCGUCUGUGAUAAUUCCUAUGUUUGCCCUAGAGAACCACAGGGAGCGUAAGAAACACUCUGAUCCUUUGGCAGGUUGGUAUUUCAUAACAUGAGACACAUGUUCCAUUUAAUGUCAUGUCUACCCUAUUCUUAGUCAAUGGUUACACUGAAUUGAGGUGAGCUUUGGAUAAUUCAUUGCUUAUGCUAACAUGCGUUAGUUUUGUAAAAUGGCAUGUUGUCAAAGUUAUAUCCCGGAUUAUUUUGCAAUAACUGACAUUUUAUCUACUGAAGAACGAAUAUCUUGUAAAAUUGAAGUAGAUUUACCUGGUUUAGGUUUUUUGGAUCCUUCCUGUCAAUCUGAGGAUUUACAAGUUGGAUCCAAAGUAGAGUUUCCAUUAUGGCUAGCAGAUGCAUUAAAAAAUUUACAAAAUCCAGCAGUUAAUAUCGAUAUACCUAAUAUAUACAAAGAAGGAUACAGAGAAAUUUUAGAAGCAGAUGCUGAUGCUAUAGUUUUAAGUAGAUGGAAUCCAUUUUAUUAUGAAUUAGGAAUGCACGUAAGAAAAUUCAGUGGCAAAGAUUCUGAAAUAAUUGCAGAAAGUUUACUACAGACAUUUAAGUCCCGUUUCCAAUUAGUAAUGGACUGGUCUCAGAAUCUAACAUCUGAUCCUACAUUAGCAAUUCAACUUCCUCGACUUGAAAGAGAUCUCUUCCUUAUCGGUCGACAAGCCAAAGUUCGUCUUACAGAAUGGUUAAAAAUGGGUACAAAUGGAAUGGUUAUUUCCGAAAUAGCGACAAAUUUGAAAAAACGGAAACGGGACAAAUAUGAACUUGAUUAGCUUUUUCGUUUUACAAAGAUACAGCAUACGAAUGUCAAUAAUUUGUAGAAUAAUGUUUUUAUCAAGUUUUUAAAUAAUCUGAAAUAUCAAUAUUGUAGAAUAAACUGAGUUUAUUUAGAAUAAUCGAGAAACAGGUGCAAAACAUUUUAUAACAUAAAUCAUAUAACAACUUUUUUAAAUUACAUUUUCAAUGAACUUGCAUAUUACUACCAUAUUGUAGAAAGCUAAUUAUUGGAAAUAUAUUAAUGUAUUUGAUAUUGCAAUAAAUAUUCUUUCAUUUAUUUAGAAAUUAGAAAAUAGUUAAAUCUUGCUUGAGUAAAAAAAUAAAUACAAAGAAA